UCUUUCCUCUGUGGCUAUCUCUGCAUACGGGGACUCACAGACGACUGGCCAGAACUCACCACAUACUUUGACGCGGAGAUCAUUGGCAGUCGUUAUGGCUUUUUAACCCAGAACUGGGGUGCGAACGAGCAAGAAGACAUGACCCACUGGGCGCGGUUCCCCGCUUUCCGUCAUGUAAAAAACAAGUUGAACAUGCCUCAUGGCACCAUCAACGGCGACACCGGUGGUGCAGUCUUCAUGCGAUGGAAGGAACGUUUCUUGGUCCCGGAUCACAGAGUGCAAGACAUCAAUGGGGCUAGCUUCGCAGGCUUCUACUAUGUCUGUGUUGACUUCAACUCGCACCCACACGCCGCCACAGCCCCCCGGUCAAAGUCCUCGGUUCGAGAGGAGAAUACUGCACCGGGCGGUGACGUUCAUCCUGCAUCACCCUCGAAGUCGGACCAGCCUCGACGGACGAGCCUCGGAGACCGCUCCAUGCAUCCUGACAGCCCAUCAUUGCGCUCGCCCUCGGCAGGACCGGCGAAAUCGGGGCCCAAUGCGGCAACCAUGAGCGGCUUCUACUUCCACCAGAACUCGGAACCGUGCGUACAAAUCAAUCUCUUGUCUGUCGCCGGAGCUAUGCUCAUGAUGGUGGAUCACAGAUACCAGCAAUUGUCGCUUCAGCACGUCUCUGAAAGCGUCAACACUUGCUACGAGUUGCGGUGA